AUGGCGGUCCCGACGCUGGAAGCUGAGCUGGUGGUGGAGAUGAAGGCUGGCCUGGGAGAGGGCUCCAUUUGGGACUCCCGCUCCAAGAAAUUGCUUUGGCUGGACAUCGUGGGUGCCAAGAUCUUCCGCUUCGACCCGGUGAGCAAGUCCAACGAGGAGUUCGACCUCUCGAGUUUCUCGCCCUUCGUCAGCUCGGUGGUCCCCAUCUCCCAAGACUUGGACCCCCACGGGGACGUGGUGGGCGUGACGCUGCGCGACGGCUUUGCGACCUACAACUUUCGGUCGAGAAGCCUGCAGCGCCUGGGCAACGAUCCCGGGGUGCAAGAAGGGGAGCGCUUCAACGACGGGAAGGUGGACCCCCGCGGGUGCUACUGGGCUGGCACCAUCGCGCGGAACUCCGCUGGGGAGAUCCUGGCAGGUGCCAGCGCGCUGUACUGCCGGGAGGCGGACGGCGCGGUGCAGGUGCGAAAGCCCAAGGUGAGCAUCUCCAAUGGCAUAGUGUGGACCAAGGACAGCAAGGUCAUGUAUUACAUCGACACGCCCAGCGCUCGGGUGGAGGCCUGGGACUUCGACCUCAGCACGGGGGCCAUCUCCAACCCCCGGCCGGCGGUCAGUGGCUUCGACUUUGCGACGACCGGGUUUCCGGAUGGGUGUGCCAUCGACACUGCGGACCGGCUGUGGGUGGCUCGGUUCAACGGGGGCUGCUGCGGUUGGUACGACCCCCGGAGCGGCGAGCUCUUGGCAGAGGUGCGAGUGCCCGCGGCGGCAGGGAAGCAGGUGACUUCUGUGGCCUUUGGCGGCGAGAACCUCGAGGACCUCUACCUCACCACGGCCCGCGAGGGCUUCGACCCGGCGGCGGCGGAGCGCUGCCCGUUGGCUGGGUCCCUCUUCGUGGUGCCCAAGGCGCAGCUCGCAGAGAUCGGCGCGGUCCCGGGCCAGCCGGCGAACCAGCUGAAGCUGGCGCCGUAG